CUUUAAUUAUCCUGACUAGAAAGUCUCGUAUUCGGUCUUCGCUACAGCAAAAUACUCCCACGGGUUGAUAACUCGUAACAUUACCAUGGCGCACCGGGGACGGCAAAAGACAGAUAUCAACCCAGAUCUGUCUGUUGCGACAAACUCAACGGCGGUGUCGACCCUUCUGUUCGCGCCAGUUGACGACGACGAUAAUGAUACCAUGAGCUCACUUUCCCUUCACGACGAUGCCCGGCGUUCGCCAGCGCUCCAGACUAGCAGUACUAAUACUACUGGUAGUACUCAUUCACCGUACAUGACCCACCAAGCGACGGCCUCAACGUCCACGUUUAAUGUCGGUGGGCAGCUUUCUGUGAACACUACAACGGCGGGCUCUGGUACACCAACCCAAAUAAUGCCCGGUACACCCCGUACCUCCGCUUCCCGGAAACCUUCCUCUUUGCGCCACUCCUCCACCGCAGCUCCGGCCGAAUCCAUCACCUCCUCCAUCAAACGGCGUCCCUCCUCUCCCUCUGCUAAGGAAGGUAAAUACCCGUCCAAGAACAACCAGCGCAUCCGCACCACCCCACGUCUACCGCACUCUGACGAUCCUCCGGCACCUGCAACCGCCAUGUACUGGUCACGUGCUCCAGUCCAUGGCGCCCUGCCCAUGCGUGCGUUCAGGGCUCAUACGGUCACGCUUGUAGACCAUAUUGCAUGGUUAUUCGGAGGAUGUGACGAUAAAGGGUGUUGGAGGGAUGUGUUCUGUUUUGACACCGACACAAUGCACUGGUCACAUCCUGACACUCUUGGUGACAUCCCACCACCAUGUCGUGCCCAUACUGCCACCCUUGUCGACCGUAAAAUCGUCGUCUUCGGUGGGGGCCAAGGCCCAGUGUACUAUGACAGCACAUACAUAUUUGACACCACCACGCGUUCCUGGUUCUGUCCCUCCUUUCCUCACUCCCAAUCCUCAUCACCACCGCAGAAUCCCCCUCUCCAUCCAGCACCGCGUCGUGCCCACACCGCCGUCCUGUAUAACGGGAAAAUCUACAUCUUUGGAGGAGGGAAUGGCCUCACAGCCCUCAAUGAUCUAUGGGCGCUUGAUACGUACUCAUACGGGGGUGGCUCUUUUGGUGGCUCUACAAGCAACGGGCUUCGCUGGUCCCGCAUCGAAACGACCGGUGAGCUGCCCGCACCGAGGGGAUACCAUACUGCCAAUUUAGUAGGAAACGUAAUGAUCGUGAUUGGAGGGAGCGAUGGGAGGGAGUGCUUUUCAGAUGUGUGGUGUUUACACCUUGAUACUCUCGCCUGGACUCGACUCAAACUCCCUCUCUCUCACCGACGGCUUUCUCAUACCUCUACUCAAGUUGGAAGCUACCUCUUUAUCGUGGGUGGACAUGAUGGUGGGGCGUACAGGGACGAGGUUGUUUUAUUUAACCUUGUGCACCUCCUAUACGAACCACGAACUGUUAAAGGCAAACCCCCUUCCGCGCGCGGAUACCACGUGACGAUCAUUGCCGACAGCAGGUUGUUUGUCUUUGGAGGGUUCAAUGGCCAUGAUGUUUUCGACGACGUUCACAUCCUUGAUCUUGCAGGUGCUGCAUAUUUGCCACAGGUGAUGAGCUUCCGGAUUGAUGUGUGA